AUGGCCCCCGUCGCCGAAAAGGACAUCCUGGCAUACCGUAAGGAUGUCGCAGAGAAAGGCCGCACCCUUUCCGCCGCACAGCGAGAGAGACUUGUACAGCCAUACCUCCCCGAACCCAUGCAGAAACCACACACCACAAGCGAGCAAAAUGCUUCAUCUUUCUCUAGCAACAGCAACCAAAGAUCCCGCAGUAACGGCCACAAGCGCCGACUGCGUCCAUUUUUAAAAGCGAAGCUCCAUUUUCUCAUAUUCUUCCUCAUUCAACUUUUCUUUGGCAUCUACAUUCGUCUGCGACAGAUCUACCACGCGACCAUAGAUCGGCUCCUAGCCAUACGGCACUACCACCACCGUACGCCGGAGUAUAUACAGCGGGAUGUCAAGAACCUCGACCGAAUACCGGAACACCUGAGUGUUAUUCUUAAGUUCAAAUCCGAGCAGGAUGGCGGCCUAGAGGCUCUGAUGGAUGAAGUCGCCGAGCUUUGCGCCUGGUCCGCUUCGGCAGGCAUUCCAUUGCUCAGCGUCUACGAGAAAUCCGGGAUUCUGAAGACAUACAUGCCUGCAUUGCAGGAGUUGGUUACAUUGAAGUUGAGAUCUUACUUCGGUCCUGCCCCUGCGGCACCGAGUCUGAGGGUCUUCGCGCCAAAUCAUCCAUCGAUCAUGACUCCUUCUCCUUCUCCUAUAGCAUCGCCUCGCAUCCCCCCAACAGAGCCCAGCUCUAAUGGUUCCGGAUCAACACCAUCUGGCACAACAAGACAACACUUCGACCUCCUCAUCCUCUCCGCUAGUGACGGACGUGACACAAUUGUCGACCUUACCCGAAUACUAGCGGAGAUGGCACAAGGACGAAAAAUCUCCCCGAAGGACAUCACGCCAAACCUCAUCAACACAGAAAUCAGCGCAACGACUUCUCUCGCGGAGUCGCAGCUUCAGAACGGCCAUGUGCCAACAACUGCCACCCUUUCGCCCAACGCCGCUCCAAACAAACAAGUAGAGGCCGGCGAACCUGACCUGGUCAUAAUCUUUGGCCCGUACGUAAAACUGGACGGCUAUCCGCCCUGGCAGGUGCGACUGAGUGAGAUCUUCUGCGUCGGAGACUCAGGGGGUGACGUGAGUGGAAGUGCCAGCACCAGAGUCGAGUACCAGGGUUUCUUACGAGGCCUCUGGCGUUACGCUGGUGCAGAGAUGAGAUUCGGUAGAUGA